AUGAAGGCGUGGAUUGAUAAAGCAAGAGCAGCAUAUUUACAACUGAAGAACAUCUGGAACUCAGAACAUCUGUCAACCAACGCUAAGGUCAGAAUUUUCAAUACAAAUGUCAAGACAGUUCUACUGUCUACUAAGGCGGAAACCAGUAGAACUACGAAAUCCAUUAUCCAGAAGAUACAAAUGUUUACUAACAGUUAUCUACUCAAAAUACUUCGGUUACGUUUGCCAGACACUAUCAGCAACAACCUACUAUGGGAGAGAACAAAUCAGAUCCCAGCAGAGGAAGAAAUCAGGAAGAAGCACUGGAAGUGGAUAGGACACACAUUGAGGAACGCACCCAGCUGUGUCACAAGACAAGCCCUCACUUGGAAUCCUGAAGGCCGAAGGAGAAGAGAAGGACCAAUGAAUACACUACGCCGGGAAAUGGAGACAGACAUGAGAAAAACGAGCAGCAAUUGGAUAGAGGUAGAAAGGAAGGCCGAGGACAGAGUGGGCUGGAGAAUGGUGGUCGGCAGCCUAUGCUCGAUUGUGAGUAACAGGCUUAA